AUGGCGAAUAUACAAUAUAUUAAAGGUGUAAGGACCAGGUUCCGAAAUAUUUUAGACUUAGAAAUACAAAAGGGUGAUGGUCUGUUGGACACAGAAAUCGAUGAGGAAUUUGAUUUAGACAGAAUGCUUAACGAAGUGUCGAAAUGUUUUGAGAAGCACGUGAAAAGAGCCCUAACAGGAGCUUCUAAACAAAGAGACAAUACAUCUUCAAAAACAUUCAACGCAAGGUCUUUCACACAUACAAAAGCAGAAAGUACAUAUUACAAAGGACCGGUACAGAAAACAUCAACGCAGGCGCUAGUUUCUACUUCUAGACAACAACGGAAGCCAGUCAGCACCGUCGUGCAUCCAAUUAAACGGUGCCGAUAUUGUAAUCAAAAUCGCUGGAGCGAUGAGUGUACUACAUACAAGAUAAUAAUUGAAAGAAAAGAUCGCAUAAAAGGCCGUUGUUUCAGGUGCCUAAAGGAAGGACAUUUAUCUUUAGAUUGUAAAUCAAACAAGAAGUGUGUGUACUGUGACAAAAUGAACGCCCACCAUCGCAGCUUGUGUCCAAAGAAGUUCACCGUCCAACGGACAAUUUCAAAUAUGUCAACAGAUGUUAUAUCUGAUAAAGCAGCAGAAUCAGAUACAAUGACAAACUCAUUUCAUGUAAGAAAUGAUAAUGGACUAAUGUCAAUGAACGAAAUGGUUCUUAUGCAAACUGCACUAACAAAAAUAAAAAACCCAAGUGAAAGAACUGAUACAGAAGUACGAGUAUUACUUGAUUCUGGGUCGCAUCGAAGCUAUAUUUCCAGAAAAAUUAACUCAAAGGUUAUGCCUAAAAGGGGAAGAGUCACAAAAGAAGACGAUCUAGUCAGGGAAGACUUUACUAGAACGCUUAAGUAUGAAAACGGCAGAUACCAAGUAAAGUGGCCGUGGAAAAAUGAGACUCCCGAUUUACCGACAAAUAGAGAUUUAGCAUUAGGUAGAUUAAAAUCAACAGUAAAUCGUAUGAAAAACAAUCCAGACAUACUAACAAAGUAUCAUAAUGUGAUUCAAGAUCAACUCCAGAAAGGUAUAAUAGAAGAAGUCAAACCAAAUAAAUCAAACGGUACUGUGCAUUACCUAGCUCACCAUGGAGUCAUUACACCACAAAAAACAACAACCAAACUUCGGGUAGUAUACGAUGCAUCGGCAAAGACUUCAAAAGAAAAUAACAGUCUGAACGACUGCUUGUAUCGCGGUCCUGUUAUGGUUCAUGGCUUAUGUGGAAUAUUGUUGAGAUUUCGAAAACAUCCGAUCGCAAUUGUAGCCGACAUCGAGAGGGCGUUCCUUCAAAUAGAACUUCAAAGAGAUCAACGUGAUGAUACAAGGUUCUUAUGGUUAAAAGAUAUUUGA